AGUAAACAUUUGUAUUACUUUGUAAUAUUUAAUUAUAUAAUAUAUUCAUCUUUUAAAGUAAAUACAUUUGUGACCAAGGUUCAACUUUAUACUUAUUUUACUAAUUAAUAAAAAAUGUAUUUUUACAUUUUCAAAAACAUCCGAUAAGUAUCAAAUUCAAUAUGAGUACAUUACAUAAAAAUUGCCUUGCUCAGACUGGACGUAAGAAAGUUCAAGUAAUAAAAAGUUGUAUUUUAUUAUUCAUUCUAGUGUUUUAAUGUAUACAUUAGCAUUCAGCAUAAUACUUGUAUAUUUUUGUUUUAUAUUCAUAAAAUAAUAAUAGAUAUCAUUUGUUAUUCGUGAUGAAGAAGAACGUAAACAUAGAGCGGGUAUAAAUUCUUUGCAAUUGGAUGCAAAACAAGGAAUAUUAUACUCUGCUGGUCGAGAUGGUAUAAUACGACAAUGGGAUGUUCGAGAUAAUGUUGAAGCGACAUACAUACGGUCAUUAGAACAUCAUACUGACUGGGUUAAUGAUAUUGUAUUAUGUUGUGGUGGAAAUUAUUGUAAGUACAGAUAAAUAGAUCCAUUUAAUACAAUUUUGCUGUGUUGAAUUUACGAUUUUCUUCAGGAGUAAUGAAAAAACUGCUCUCCUAAGAAGGUCAAGAAAGUGAAUGAAGGGAUUUAUUUUCUUACAUUUAUAUAUUUGGUUCUCUACUUUUCUGCUUAUUGAGUAAAACUAAGUCCACCGUACAAUAACAAAACAAUUUUCUUAUGUUUUUAUAUGGUACAAUUUUAUCAUUACCAUUUAUUGGACCAGCAGAUGUACACCUAACCACAGCUAGCUACACACUAUAUAUGUCUUCGUUUUUUACAAUUUGUUGAACUUCAUCAUUUCCUUAAUGUUUGAAACAAAAUAAUACAAUCUAUUCAUGUGGAUUUAAAAUUCUCUAUUCAUUAUUCAUAGAGGUCUAUAAUAUUAAUUUGUUUCUCACAGAAUACCAACAUUUUAUAUAAUUUGAGGUGCUGAUGGUGCUAUAAGAAACUAUUCAUUAUUUUUUAGACUAUAACUCACAAGCUGUUUUCAAACAAUGAAGACGAAGUUACAAUCGGAAGUAUUAUUUUAAUGUAUAGAACUUAAAAAAAAAAAUACAAACAAAUCUUAGGAAAUGGUGGAUAAAUUUAAAAAAAUUAUUGUUUGGUGUUCCAUAAUAUCAACAAGUUUAAAAAAUUCUGUUCUAGAGUGAUGGAUAGUAAAUUAUUUGUAAACCAUUUGAUUAGUUUUCAGUUUAAGAAAGUCAAAUAAACCUUACCUUUACACACAUUUUUAAAAAUUCUAACAAACUGUGGCCUAUGCACCACAAAUCCCAAGUACACGUAUAGUGUGUGUAGCAGACUUAAUUACGUUUUUCAACUGGUAUCCAUAAAACCAUUAAACUUUUUGAUUUAUUUUUAUCUAAUGAUGGAAAUACAUAGCUUUUAAGAGAUUAUUUUUAAAAAUCUAUGUAUAAGGAAAAAUAAAUCAAAUUAUAUCAAUAUAUAUACGCUUCUGCAAUUAUUAAUUAAUUAAUACUUACAGUGAUUUCUGCAAGUUCAGACACCACUGUAAAAUUAUGGGGAUUGCGAAAAGAAAAUACUUGUUUAUCAACAUUACGUACACAUAAAGAUUAUGUUAGAGCUCUAGCAUAUGGUCGUGAUAAAGAAGUGGUUGCUUCAGCUGGAUUAGAUAAAACAAUUUUCAUGUGGGACGUUAAUAUGUUAACUACCUUAACCACUAUUAAUAAUACUGUAACAAGUAUGUUAUAUUAUACAAAAUAUAAUAAAAUUUGUUAUAAUUACGUAUUAUUCAAUAUGUUUAGCGGCUUCUUUACCAGGUAGCAAAAACUCGAUUUACAGUUUAGCAAUGAACAACAGUGGAACAAUUUUAAUAAGUGGAAGUACAGAGAAAGUUUUAAGAGUAUGGGACACAAGAUCAAGUGAUUGUAUAAUGAAACUAAUCGGUCAUACUGAUAAUGUAAAAGCAUUGGUUGUAAGUCGAGAUGGCACACAAUGUUUAUCUGGUAGUUCAGAUGGAACUAUUAAAUUAUGGUCUCUAGGACAACAGCAAUGCAUACAAACUUUAAGAAUACAUAAAGAAGGCGUUUGGGCUUUAUCAGUAAUUAUUAAAUAUAACAUUUUAAUUUUAACUAUGUAUUAUAAUAAUAAUAAUAGUAAUAAUAUCAAACAGAAUAUAUUAAAAAACAAAUGAAAUUGUGACAAUGGGCCCAAAAUCUUAGAAUUCUUAAUUGACAUAUAUAAUUUAUGUACUACUUUUCUGUGCCUUUAAAAAUAAUAUCAGUUUAUACUAGACAUUAUAUAUUUUUUAAGCCCAAUUUUGCUCAGAACUGUAUUUUAAAAUGAAUUAUUUAGGGCUCAUGUGAUUCUAUUCAUUUCAUUAAAAUAUUUAAUUUAAAAUAAAAAAAUUCUUCAAUUACAUAAUUUUUAAAAAGGAAAUGUUUACAUAUAUAUUACUAAAAGUUAAAUAUUAUAUUAUUAUUUAAAUUAAUAUAAAAUAACUAAAAAAAUAACUAUUAUUCAAAAUUAUUAUUGAUGUUAUUGGAAGAAUACAGGGUAAUUGUUUUAUCAUUCAGGACUCAUUAUUUCGCAAAGUAUUGAAUUUAAAAAAAAACAGUUGUUGACAAUAAGAAACAAACAAUCUAAAAUGUUACAUCACCGUUAUUUUUUAUUAACCUUAUUUAGGGGUGAAAUGACUACCAACUUUUGAUUUUAGAAUGGUACCUUAUAUUAAAUGUUCCAUACAUUUUUGUAUCCCCAUCAACAAGAUAAUACGCUUUUAAAUUUAGGUUGGGAAAAAGUAGUGUAACACUAUUUAAACUCUGCACUCCAUGCCUCCACACAAAUGAUACUCAUCUACUUUCUCCAAACUUAAAAGUGGAAUAUCUCGAUAAUGGGUUAAAAGAAAUCAAAUAUUUUAACAUCAAAAUUUAUUAAGAAUAAUUCUCUAUCAAUUUUCAAAUGAUGAAUUCCAUACAACUGACCAUUUGAAAAUCAAAAGUUGAUAGUUGUUUACAAAAUUCAUAUAACCUUUAAUAGAAAAUAUAAUUAUUAUAUUUUAUGUGUAGGCUACUGAUAACUUUUCUCACGUUGUGUCUGGUGGCCGUGAUAAAAAAAUUUAUAUGACUGAUUUAAAAAAUCCUAAUAAAGUUCAAUUAAUAUGCAAUGAAUCUGCUCCAGUUGUGAAAAUGGUUACCACACCUGAUAUGAGUGCUAUUUGGGUUGCUACUUCUGAAUCCUCAAUUAAUUGUUGGGUGAGCAAAUUAUUGGUUAAUAUUUAUAAUUUAUAUUGAUUUAUUGUAAGUUCAAGGAAUUGAAAAAAGUUAUAAAAUAUAACUAUUUUCUUAUCCAAAAAAUAAUUUAUUAUGCUAGCUUUAUAUGUUGUGCUAUACAGAAAAUGUGAAAUAUUGUAGUAUAGUACUUGUGUAUUUAUAUUAUAAUAUAUGAUAAUAAUAAAUGUAAAAGAUAUUUACACUAUUGACUGCUUUAUAUUUAUGCUACUAUAAAAUUUUAAAUUUUCAGAAAUUACGGAAAAGUGACGAAUCUGCUGAUUUUGAAGAUGUACCAACUGUACCAUAUAAUCAACAACCAUUCCGGACUGUUAAAGGAGCUGCUGCUAUUAGAAAAUACCAUGUACUGAAUGAUAAACGAACUAUACUGACACAGGACACAGAAAAAAAUGUUGCUGUUUAUGAUGUUCUUAAGGUUAUUUAAUUUCACAUUUAUUUAUAAGGCAAAUAGUUUAGUAUAAACCUAUAUUUCAGGCUUCUAAACUUCAAGAUUUAGGCCAAAUAGAUUUUGAAGAAGAAAUUAAAAAACGACAUCGUAUAGUUUAUAUUCCAAAUUGGUUUAGUGUUGAUUUAAAAACUGGAGUAAGUUAAUUUUUUUAUUUUGUAUUAAUUAAUCAUUUAUUUCUAAAAAUAUAUCAAUUCAAAAAAUUGUAUAUACUAAUUAAUAAAUAAUUACUAAUAGAUGCUAACAAUUCAUUUGGGGCAAGAUGAAAAUGAUUGUUUUGCAGCUUGGGUUUUUACCAAAGAAGCUGGGAUUAAUACUACAGAUGACAACCUAAGAGGUAGUUAUAAUAUUAUGUUAAAAUAUAUAUGUAUAUUGUCAGAUGCAUAAUUUGUGUAUAUUUAUUAGUGAACUAUGGUAAUCGAAUGUUGCGUUCACUGUUAGAAAAUUGGCUCAAUCGAAUUCAAACUGAUCAUGGGUCUUCUGAAGGAGUUCAAUCUACUGAGCUCAAUGCUCAAACAAAACUAGAUUCUCAGUGUUGUAAAAUUCCAAGACACACUCCACUUAUGAUUAGUGAAGUUGGUGGUCGAUGUCUGUAUAGAAUGUUAGUUAGCCAGGCAGGGGAUGAAAAUGAUGUAUCAAUUUUAAAUGAAACUAUUCCCUCAUGGGUUAUGAAUGUGAUUGUUGAAAAGAGUAUACCCAAAGCACUUAAGAUAUCAUUUUAUCUUGUGCCACUAUCUAAUACUUGCAUUAGACCUGUUAAAAAGUAUGUUUGGAUUUAAUAUAUUUUGUUUUAUUUUAUACAGCUAUUAUUUUAUAUUUUGUUAGUGGCACUCUUCGACCAAGCCGAGAUCGUUUAGUUGCAAAUGACUUUAUUCAAGUACAAAAAAUAGCAGAAUAUAUUCAUGAAAAGCUAUCUGAAAAUGAUGGAAGUAGUCCAUACAACAAAACCUCAGAUUGCAUUAAUAACCAUUUACAAGGGAAUACACCAGAAAAAAAUUUUGAAUUAAGUUGUAAUGAUCAAAUACUUUCUCCUACAAUGGAUUUAAGAACUGUAAAACAUUUUAUUUGGAAAUCAUCAGCUGAUUUAACAAUAUACUUUAAGGCAAAACAUUAAAUUUGUAAGUAACAUUUUUACUUCAAUGUUUAUUUAUUUAGGUACCUACCUAUUUUAUUUAUUUGAGUUAAUAUCUUCUUAUUCUUUAUUAAUUAUAAUUACUUUUUUAAAAUAUAAAAGUUAACCAAUUUUGAUAAUUUUCUAAAUAUAUUUGAUGCCAUGUAAAUAUAUGCAAAUAAAAGUAUUUAAAAUUAUAAUUAAUAAUACAAUUGAUUUGUAUAUUACCUGUUUACUUCAAAAACUUUGUAACAUUGUAGUUUAAGAAUGUAUUGGUUUUACUGUUUUUUUUUUUUAUCAGUAAACAACUUUUCUACCAGAAAUCUUGCUUUAAUUAAAAAAAAAAAAGCUAAAAGAUCGUUUUUAUUACAUUUUUAAUUUAUUUGGUACAUUGGAGAGGCCAGUUUUUGUUUUUUCUGAAAUAGGGGUUACAUAUUAUUAGAGCUAAAUCAUAAUUAUUAGGGUAUUUCUAAAUAUAUUUACCUGAAUUUUACUCAGAAUCAAAUUUUGUUAGCAAUGGUUGAUCGUUGUUUACAUAAAAUAAUUGUAUGUAUUCUAUUUACCCAACUUCCUAUCUACUUACAACAGUAGCACAUUAACCCCAGUAUCAAUUCUUUUUUUAAAACAUGUAGUAUAAUUUUAUUUCAUGUUGUUUUUUUUUUUAAAGGAAUUUACAAUUUGUACAGUUAACAUAUUUAAUUUUAAAGAUAAACAAAAAAAAAAAUUGCUAGGAAGAGAGAAAAGAAAAAGACAUAGAAUGGUUUGCAACAGAAGAUCUCUGCACUACCUCCUAUAAGAUCUUACUGUUUUGAUAACAAUUUUAAAUUUAAAUAUAAAAUGAGAACCUAGAUAAAGAAUAAAGAAAUUAAUUAUUUGUACAAUUAGAUUGUAACAGUUAUUGACAAAGGCAAACAUAGUGAGAUUAUAUUUUAUAAUAUAUAUUUAAUUUACUAUAACAGUUUAUUUCCCAAAAAUUAUAUUUUAUAGUUUGAUUAUUUAUAACUUAUUCAAAUUUUUAGUUUCACUUUUUUGUAAUAAGUAUUUUCAUUUUAGUUUUUAUUUUUUUUUUUUGUAUUUUUAGGCUGCAAUAAAAAGUUGGAAUAAUUAUAUUACUAUUUGUAUGUUAUAUUAUUGCUAAACCAAUCCUUAUUAAAU